AUGGUUGAGCGCAUUGAUGUAUUUCCUUUUCUUUCAGUUGGUAGUUUUUUCUUUAUAGGGAUAUACCCGGGAUACAAUAUAAUUUCCCUGAUAUUAUCGGCAGUAUAUGCCUACAUUGAUGAAAGAUCUGGGCCAUUUAUGUUGUGCUCUCUUAACAAUGGAGAUUUAUGCAAUGGAAUUACAGAAACUAGGGAAUUAUUAAGGAAAGGAUGCGAAUAUCAUGCAAAAAAUGUUAUCAUAUCUCGGUCAGAGGAACGUGUGGAUACAUUAUAA